AUGACCCGGUUUGACUGUGGGGCUUCUGAGAUCCGCCUUUGAUUUCUGCCUCCCUCCUGUAGCCAGCAGAAACAUGGCUUAGCAGGCUUUCUGGCACCUGCCUGUGUAGUCACAGAGGAAGUCCUUAUGAUUUACCCUGAACCAUUAGAGAUGGGGAAUUAGAGUCUGUGGCCAUUUCACAACAUAGUGAAGUGCACAUAUGUUUAGAGGGAGCAACAGGUUAAAAUGCAUAUGUCAAUGUGUUAUUUGUGACCUUGAGCUUGAGUUUGGGCUGUAUGAUAGCUGGCUGAGGAGUUGAGGACAUGGGGCAUCUGCCAGAGAAAAGGCUAUUAAGAAACUGUGGAUUUGGGCUUCAUCUUACAUGACUCCAAGCCACAUCCACUAACAUAACCUUUUCUGCUAAUAGAAUGGAGUGUUUAGUUAUGGGAAGCCAGCACCAUCUAGAGAUAUCCGGACAGGGGAAGAGGAUUGUCCCUGCUCAGUAGACUAGAGAGAAUGGACAGGACCGCCACCAACAACUUUACUGAGAAUUCUCAGCUCAAGCUACAGUGGGAUCACCUUCCUCUCUGUGCACCAUUACUCCUGCGUGUGUGUUUGAGGGAUCAGGAGUACACGGAUCAGAUUCCCUUACCAGCAACAAGCAGUCUAACUUUCUCCACUAAUAGAGCCAUUGCCAUUCAACGGGGGGAAUUGGUCCACCCCCGAAACAAUGCCCCCCUCUGUCCUACAGGCCCCCCAGAGUGGGCUAAAACCUCACACGCAGUAAUGGACUACUUUAAGAGUUGAUCUGCCUCUAAUAGAUACACUCUUAUGCUGCUCCAGGCCUCCAAAUCUCCAAGUCUGUGUUGUGAAACUGCCAUCCUGCCUUAAUGCGGAUGACACAGAGAGCUCAGAGGAGUUCAGGCUUGGAGCCUCUUCCUGUACUAAAGCUCCCCUGGCCCUGGUCUAAUUCCUGCUGCUUCACUCCCUCUACUGUUGGGGAUCAUGCACCUGUCCUGUAAUAUAGAGAGAACAAGCACUUCUUGGAAUAGGCCUUAGAUUGGCUACACAGAUGGAAGUAUUGAAUGAAGCAAGCAAAGCGUUUAAAAAAUGUGGUAUGAGGCACCCUGUUCCCUCUAAACCCGACCAAAUCUCUCAUUCUGCUUGUCAAAUGGUAUGACAGCGAAUGAAGUAGCCUGGUCAAAAAUCACCAUCCGUCUUGAUCAUGCGCGUUUUCCCCUCUGUUGUGUGCCUUAGCUUGCUGAUGGUGUCUCAGUGUUUGCCCAGUCCCUCUGCAGGCCUCCUGGGCUUGUUUCCACAGGUGGCCUGACCUCUGAGGCAGUGUGGCGUAGCUGAGCCCAGCCUGCCGCCAUUAUGAGCCCUGGAUCAACAUUUAAUAUGAGCACACUCCCCAGUGCUUCUGUCUGUCUGAGCAGAGGGUCAAGCAGGGGAGAGCAGGGGAGAGCAGGGUUGAACAGGGGAGAGGAGGGGAGAGCAGGGGAUAAUGUACAGUAGCUGGCAGGCUUUUCCUUCCAGAUUUCCUCCUCUUUUUUUCUUGUGUAUUUACCCCCGACGAGACACCAGGAAGUUCAAUUUCUCUGACUGAUACAACAAGAAGCCUAUGUGGCAUGUUGGGUUUACAAUGAGCUCAAUGCCAAAUCCCAGGGAGAAUGGCCUCUAAUGCUGGUAUAGAAACAGUAGAUUCCUCUUAGUAAUGCUUUAAUUGCAGUGCUACAGGAGCAUUAAGGAACCUAAAGAGAGAGUUGGGACUCUCUGAUCCAUUAUUUUACCAGAACAGAUGAAAUAGGAUUUUCUACGCAGCCUGGUAAACAUUUUAUAUGUGUUUAGAGAACUGCUUUUCACUGACAAAGGGAGGGAGGGAGUUAUUAUCUAAAUAUGCAUAUCUAAUGUUAUGGAUGUUUAAUGUGUAAUGUUUUAGUUUUGGUGAAAAGAAACAUAUGACAAGAUAGCUAUAGAUCUUUAAAUAGGUCAUAUGUUUGGUGUGGCAGAGAGUGUUUGUCACCACCCUUUAGUGUGCAUUAUGACUCCAUUAUCCAUCCAUUAUCAGAGCUUCGAUUAUAUAUGUUUUGGAGCUGGAUACGGAGAGCUCUAUAGGGUCUAUUGUUGCCCUGUAGUGCUCUGACUCCCUCCUCACCUAACAGAUGGUCACAUUCAGCUACUCUCUGAAAACAAACAUAAGCUGAGGAGUUGCUGACAAGCUGGUUCAGAAAGGGCUUGAACUGGCCCCUGGAGUGUGUGUGUGUGUGUGUGUGUGUGUGUGUGUGUGUGUGUGUGUGUGUGUGUGUGUGUGUGUGUGUGUGUGUGUGUGUGUGUGUGUGUGUGUGUGUGUGUGUGUGUGUGUGCGUGCGUGCAUACAUGUGCACGUACGUGCAAGCGUGUUUGUGCAUGUGUGUUAAACUUCCUGUCCAGUAGCACAUAGCCAGUGAUAUUCAGAGGGGUGGAGUAUGGGGACUCAUCAUUCAUCCCAACUCUCAAACACAAAUAAUCACAGGGUGAGACCACAUGUCGCAGCUCUUACGCAUAGGGCCCCGACAGCUGUCAAUCACACAGAUGACCUAUAAACAGAUCCUUGGCAGACACACUUAUUAAAUCAAACUGUGCAAAUAUAGCAAAUCUAAUGCUAUUAAUCGUUGAUUAUUGACGUAACCCCGAGUUAAAUUUAGAUCCGGUAUGGAAGACUGGUAAUAUCAGAUUCCGUGGUAAGCAUGUUGAGAAAUGUCUGUGGAUGGAGUUUAUUUUAAGGUCCUGUGGUUUGAUGGGGGACAUGGGGAUGGCUUUCGUCUUGUCUUGGUAUUCAGACAACUUCCUGAGAGACAGUCAGACAGCCACAUAGGAAUGUAUUUUUCACCAUGUUCAAACAGAGGGGAUUGAAUGUAAACCAGCACACGCCUUCUUUGGCAUUAUGGAGGCAUGUCUUAUUCCCAGAUUAGAGUGACCAGUUUAGAAACAGGUCCUGCAUAAACAUGGACAUUAAUAAACAUAUUUUUACCCUUAUGCAAUAUCAGAAUGAUUGGUUAUUUUGAACUAUGCUGUGCUGGUUUUGACUUUGAAGCUGCGAUACAACAGGACCAUUUUAUUUGAAGUUGAUCCUCUGAUUAUGUGCAGGCACACCUUAGUUCUGAUAUACUGUAUAGCAUAUAAACAGUAAAAGACUUGAAUUAGACCUACACGCUUCCUAUCUGUGAUUCAUCUACUGUUUUUUCCUCACCACAAUUUAACCACUAAAAUGAACAUAUAUGAAGGAUAGCUGUGGCAUCGUGGAGAUGUUGUCUCCUAAAUUAGUUCAGUAGAAGCUUAUUGAGUGAAACCUCAAUGUUUGUCAAGCAGCAGUAUAUCAUUGCCACCCUGCUAAGCCCUACCCUGUAGGGUCCCAUUGAUUUUUUGUCUUUGGUGGAGGGCCCAAGCAGCGGAGGGACGGCGGGCCUCUCAAACAGCACUGCCUUGUCUGUACAUGGCUGCUGAACCGUGGAAAACGUAUCAAACAAACACUCCAGUCUCACAGGGAAGGGUCUAUAGGAAAGGUCCUUUUACUCUUGACAUGGGAAUGUCUGUCAACUGCAUUCUUAAUGUAGCCGGAGAAGACCCACUCAGACCUUCAGAUGACCAGAGAAAAGCAUCCUUGGCAGAUGUCCAUGCCGGUAUUUAACAGAGAUAUGGAGGAAAGAUGGUAUUGAGAUGGCAACACAAUGGGACGCUCUCUAGCGCUUGUCACUGAUCGACUAUAUUGGGUUUCAGUGUUGAUGAAAAACCAUCACAUAACCCCACGUGGGUAUGCAGAACAGGGGUGAAAUGUGUUAGUUGAGCCUGCAAGUGUGUGUUAAUCUGUUUGUGUACAGCAGCUGUCUGUCCCUAAAGGAUAUUUUGCUCUCUUAUUCCCCCUCUCCUCUCUGCAGAGCUGAGGUCCACCAGCACUGCCCAGCAAUUUGCCUACCUGCUCAACACGUCUGACUACCGUAUCCUGCGUAUGGACGAGGACCACGACCGCAUGUACGUUGGCAGUAAGGACUACAUCCUGUCCCUGGACCUGCAUGACAUCAACAAGGAGCCGCUCAUUGUAAGACCUUACAGUCACUAACCCUCCCCUCUUCACCUUCCCUUACCUACUCUCACCUCACCUCUCCUCCCCUCACCUCUCCUCCCCCUUCUCCCCUCCCCUCUCCUAUCCAGAGCUCUAUGAUCCCAGGUUGAGACUAAACCUUUACCUCAGCUCUCAAAAAUGGCUCCCGAGGGUCAUAUGUCCCAUUUCGCUGCCCCGUGUCUGACAUUUUGAUUAGCUCACCUCCAGUUUGUGUUGGACUGCGCUAUUUUCUGGAGACAGGGGUUGUAUAACACUGUGAAAACAAAAUCUGGAUAUGACCAUUCCAAGGGGGCUAAUAGUACCCCAUGGUAGGUUUAGCCCAACAUCUAUAAAGUCCAGUGAUGUUGAACGGGUUGUGCCAUGUGUUGGGUAGCUAUAAAAUGACCCUUGUUCCCCCCUGCCUUCAGCUCCACUGGCCUGUCUCCCAGCAGAGGAAGACUGAGUGUGUUCUAAGUGGGAAGGACACCAAUGUAAGUAUUUCUGUUGACUAUCGACUAAUUCAGGAUUUAUGUUUCAGGUCAGGUGACUUGUGCCACCCGUAACAUGUAGUAAUGUAUUUUCUGUAUUUAGCGAUCUAUAAAGUAUAGAUAUAUUUUUAAAUGUUUUACUCACUUCUAUGUGUGUGCCUGUACUGCUAGGUGUAUAGCCUAAGUAUUUGUUUGGGUUCUUAGUUUAAUGAAUAAGGACUUACGAGAACCCAGUUUAGUGGCAUACACCUAUGGGGAUUUCAUUUGGCCCUGUAAAAGCCUGGUUCCUCUCUGUCUGGCCAAACAGACAGGGCAGGACUGGCACUCAUAGGAGACCAACCAGUCUCACUCUUCCCCAUCUGCCAGUGUAGGGUGUGGAUAAAUAGAUUACUGUUAUACUGGCAUGUUAAUAUAUUGACAUUCCCAUUGAUGUUAAAGAUAUAUGCCGCUUGUACUAUGCUUUAUGUUGUAGGGGCGGCAGGUAGCUUAGUGGUUAAGAGCGCAGUGCCAGUAACUGAAAGGUCGCUGGUUUUAAUCCCCGAGCCGACUAGGUGAAAAAUCUGUUGAUGUGCCCUUGAGCAAGGCACUUAACCCUAAUUGCUCCUGUAAGUCGCUCUGGAUAAGAGCGUCUGCUGAAUUACUUAAAUGUACAAUGUUGUAUAUGGAUAUUAUCAUACAUGUUGAUCAUCCAUUAAUGUCUGCCUAUGUUUGUCCCCAUGCAGGGCGAGUGUGGGAACUUCAUACGUCUGAUUGAGCCAUGGAACAGGACCCACCUGUAUGUCUGUGGUACUGGGGCCUACAACCCCAUCUGUACGUACGUCAACCGUGGACGCAAACCACAGGUUAGAGCUCCACACCUUAUGGAAUACAUUGAGUCUGUGUUCACAAAAUGAAGAGGUGAGGGAGACUACGGCUCUGUCUGUAAAAUCAUAUACAUGUUUUAUUUAUCACAUGCUUUGUAAACAGCAGGUGUAGACUAACAGUGAAAUGCUGACUUACGGGCCCUUUUCCAACAAUGCAGAGUUAAAGAUAUAAAAUGUAAUACAACAUUUAAAUAGUGACACAAGGAAUAAAUACACAGUGAAUAACAAAUAACAAUAACGAGUAAAAAUAACAUGGCUAUAUACGAUUCGAUGUGCAGAGGGACAAGGUAAUUGAGGUAGCUAUGUACAUAUAGGUGGGGUAAAGUGACUAGGCAACAGGAUAGAAAACAGACAGUAGCAGCAGCGUAUGUGGUGUGAAAGUGUGUGUGAGUGUGUGUGUGGCGUCAGUAUGCAUGUGUGAGCAUGUUAUGUGUGUGUGUGGGCGUAUGUAGUGUGUGUGUGUGUUUGGUGUCAGUGUAAAUGUGAGUGUGUGGGUAGAGUCUAGUGUGUGUGCAUAGAGUCAGUGCAAGACAGUUAGUGCAAAAAAAGGGUCAAUGCAGGUCGUCCAGGUAGCCAUUUGGUUAGCUAUUUAGCAGUCUUGUUUAGCAGUCUUAUGGCUUGGGGGUAGAAGCUGUUAAGGGUCCUGUUGGUUCCAGACUUGGUAUCGCUUGCCGUGCGGUAGCAGAGAGAACAGUCUAUGGCUUGGGUGGCUGGAGUCUUUGAAAGUGUUUUGGGCCUUCCUCUGACACUGCCUGGUAUAGAGGUCCUGGAAACAAGUUGGUAUUACAGACCGGGCCAGGGAUAGGUUUAUAAUGUCAGUGAAAACACUUGCCAGCUGGUCAGCGCAUGCUCUGAGUAUGUGUCCUGGUAUUCCGUCUGGCCCCAUGGCCUUGCGAAUGUUAACCUGUUUAAAGGUCUUACUCACAUCGGCUACAGAGAGCGAGAUCACACAGUCAUCCGGAACAGCUGGUGCUCUCAUGCAUGGUUCAGUGUUGUUUGCCUUGAAGCGAGCAUAGAAGGUAUUUAGCUCAUCUGGUAGGCCCCCGUCGCUGGGCAGUUCACGGCUGUGUUUUCCUUUGUAAUCUGUGAUAGUUUGCAAGCCCUUCCACAUCCGUCGAGCAUCAGAGUAGUAGGAUUCGAUCUUAGUGCUGUACUGAUUAAAACUGAGUUUAAAUGUAUUUGGCUAAGGUGUAUGUAAAAUUCCGACUUCAACUGUAGGCAAGGAUACAUUUUAUUUUCAUUACACAGAAAGUCAACCAAGUCUGUUUUUUUUUUUUACAUCCAUUGUGAAUAACAACAGUUCCUCUCUCAAUGUGAAACAUCUUUCCAACACUCCCCCUCAAUAACCACCAAGCCUUGAUAUGAAAUAGAACAUUGUCAUGCUCUGAUCCCAUAUCUCCACAUAGUUUUGCAAACAGGCGUGCGCCUGUGGAUGGGUUUUGAUGUAGUUUACAAUUGAAGUUACAUGCUGCAGUAUAUCUCCUAGUUCUGUGCUCAGCGCUUUUGCCGCCGGUUGCUCUCGGUGAAUCAAACAAUGCAUCCAUAUGGCAGAGGGGGGACACGUUCAUAACUGGAGUGCAGAGGCCUGCCCACCGUCCCGCCAUUGAUGGAGCCACCAUUCGAUUCCAUGGAAUCUGUUUUUUGUCAAUAUAGCCAUGCAGCACACUGAACAUCCCCUGUGCCAUUUAAUGCUCGGGAUUCGUGAGACAGAACUAAAUGUCUUCGUGAAUAGCAUCCCCUGACAUGUGUAGAGAACAAAAGUCAAUGUAUUGGCAUCUCGGCACUCACAGCUAACGUCCAUUUGGAGAGCAUAAGCUGGGGAGUUUUUGAGUCGUUCAGUCAGUUUCCUCUUGAUUGCAAGCAAUAGCAUAAAUUCUUCAUUUAACAGUAUUAUCUCAGAAUGGUAUUGAUGUGAGUUUCUGUGCCUCUGCCUCCCCACACAUUGUUUUCACCAUAUCAAUUGCGGCCGGUAAUAUUAAAGUCUCUGCAAUAGUGUGUGGUUUCAUAGCAUAGCAGGCCUAGCCAUUCACUGUGGGAAGGAUUUUCCCUUGAUCUAAGGGCGCUCUCUGAUAGAAUUUUAGAUUUGAAUAAUUUUAAUUUAGAUUUUUAAGGUUAACCACAUUACAAUGAUUUUGAGAUACAUAGACGAUAUUAUAAUAUAUAUGUAUUUUUGUAGUUUUUUGGGGGGUGAGGGGGUUAGGAAAUUCACCCUCGACCCCAUUUUCAUAUCAGGUGACACCACAUGGGGUCGCGACCCCUAGUUUGGGAACCACUGCUGUAAUCCAUGGCUUCUGGUUGGGGUAUGUACGUACAGUCACUGUGGGGACGACGUCGUCGAUGCACUUAUUAAUGAAGCCAGUGACUGAUGUGGUAAACUCUUGAAUGUUAUCGGAUGAAUCCCGGAACAUAUUCCAGUCUGUGCUAGUGAAACAGUCAUGUAGCUUAGCAUCCGCUUCAUCGGACCAUUUCCGUAUUGAGCACGUCACUGGUACUUCCUGUUAGAGUUUUUGCUUGUAAGCAGGAAGCAGGAUGAUAGAGAUAUGGUCUGAUUUGCCAAAGGGAGGGCGAAGAAGGGCCUUGUAUGCGUUUCUGUGUGUGGAGUAAUAGUGAUCUAGAGUUGUGUUGCCCCCCCCCCUUUAAAAGGGAAUAAAUAAAAGUUAUAGAUAGAGGAUACUUCCCUGUUUCUUCCUCUCUGACACAGAAGACACAGUUAGACCGAUGACCACUGCACACCACUUUGCUAUUUCAUUUGGAUCCAUAAGACCGUUACUAAGGGCAUCCAUCCAUCCAUCCAUCCAUCCACUCAUAGCUCUAGCAGCCCUGUGUGACUCUCAGUUGGCCUGCUCCCGCUAUGCCCCCUUAGCCUCCAGUCCUCACCAUGUGAGAAGUUGGGUAAUUGGCCAUGAGAGCUCCCAUUAUGGGGUGCCAGUGGAAUGUUCUAGUUAUAGUACAUUAAUGAGAUGGCUUUUAUUUUCCCCUUUAUCUUAAACAGACAGGUCAGACUCUUCCCGUGAGUCCCAUCUCUCUCUCUGCUGGUCUGGAGUUAAGUAUGGGAGUAGAGAUGUGAAAUGGUACACCACUAUACACACAGCUUUUCCAGACAGGAAACCAGGAGAAGGCGAAAUGCUGCUCAAUGCCAGAAAUCUACUGUGCUCAUUGUCUCAUGUGAAUGUAUAUACACAUACACACACUCAUUCUCACACGUCAGGAACCUGCUUUGACAUUUGUAGCUGUUUCCCAGAUAUAUUGUUAUCAGCUUGCCAGAAAACAUCAUUCUUUCUUUUUCAGCCAUUUUUCAGACACGUACUAUUCACUCAGCUGUAGACGAUUUCCUUUCUAAAUACCUAAAGGGUAUGUAGUAGCCUACAUGAGGCUAUGAUAGCUAGUAUUGUCUGGAAAAGCCAAAUGUUGGUUCUUGGCAGUGGCUCAGGCCAGGGUUUAAUGUAUUUACCAUACAGUGAGAGACUGUAUUGACUCAGCCGCAUGGUACAGAACUAAUAUUGAUGAUUUUCACACCAUCUGGUGAAGUUGAGCCACGCAUACAUUUCUUGUACAGAGGAUGUAGAGAAUGAGAUAUCCACAGAUUGUCCUCACAGGCUUUCCAAAUGACAUUUAUUGAAACAGUCAUGCAGUCACAUCAGUCCCAGACCAGUUUACAGAGUUACUGAGCUCACGUCAGGUCCCACCUACUGCAGGUGCGUAACAUCCAGAAUGUGUCGCUGUCUCCUGUUUUAGGCCGCCAUGCACCUGCAGAUGCCCCAGACCGGAGGGAGGGCUAGCCGCGCGGCCCAACCAAACGCUGUGUCCGAAACACUGGGACUAAAGGUGGGACGUGGGUCUGGGUCAGGUGCCCAUCACUAGCAUGGGCGGGUCUGCCUGCCUGCCUGUCUGCCCCUGAGCUUUACCGCUAUGGGCUGGGGAGACCUACUAUGGGACUCAGCCAGCAUGCCAUACCUCUAUCUCUCUGUUGGGGAGGGCUGUGCAUGUCUCCCGACCCUUCUGUUCUGUCUGUGCUCAUUCUGUGUGUCUUGAAGCAUUUCUGUUGUCAUCAGUUGAAUUGUCCCAGUCCGUUGGGUGUCUAGUGAAGUGGACCGCUUAUCUCCUCAUGGCUGAGCAUGUCUUCUCUAGACCCUGUCCGUUAUUCAACAUUUUUGAUCGCUCAAACAUUAGUCCUUUUUAGUUUCAUCCAUCAUAUUUGUGUUGUCCGUUGCUCUCGUUGUUCAUCUGUCCAUUUUUGUGUAAGCCUCACUUUCUGAGGUCUCUCUUUCUCUUUCUCUCUUUCUCUCUCUAUGUGUGUUGUUGAACUGAUUUGUCAGUAUUUGUGUUGCCUGCUUCUUAUGCAUGAGACAGAUGAAAGUCCAGCAUUUUGUGAUUUGCUACGCAAGGUCACAGAACAUGUUGAUACAGUACACACUCAAAUAAAGAUGUUUCAUUUGUAAUGGAUAAAUUAGUAACUUUCCUAUCCUCCUCACAUUGUCCUGUCAAUUGUCUUAGAGGACACAGAAUGCCCCACCCUCCAGUCCUUUACCCCCCCCACCCCGCCCUCCCUCUGUAGGAAUGUGGACCAACCCCUCCCACAGGUCUCACACAGUUAACGUCUGACCCACUCUCACUGCAGCCCUGUUGGUUCAGGACAAACACCAGCCGACUGUGUCCAACUGCUAAAGCAGAAAGGAAUUAAUAGACCCACAUAGCUGUGCAUGAUUUGAAUGUUUGUGCUCUCCCGCCAUUCACAGCACAGGAAGGAACUCUUAACCCUUUGAACGACAGGGCCAUUAUGUUUUCAGCCUUAUGUUUUGAAUGUGUUGCAUGCAACACUCAGUCCUCUGUAGGGUAAAAUCUUUCAUAAAGGGUUUAAAAACAUGUUCAGAGAAUAUCCCUUAGCACAUGUAACCAUUGGUGACUUGGUGCACAUCAACAUCUGGCAUCUCUUGCAGGGAGCUACCAACACCUUCAGAUUUACAUGUGCGGUUGAUUUUAAUCAAAGGUGAGAGGGAAUCUCAUAAGGGUGCACGUAGUAGCCAGUGGAGAAAAACUUUGGCAAGCACCUGACUUUCUCCUGCUCGGGUGUUGACGGACAAGGACAGAGAUGUCUUCGUCUCUCCUCCCUUCCUCAAUUGAAGAGUGAGGGUUUUGGGGAUUUGACUUGUUCUGGUUUGUGGCAAGGCUACGGGGCAUGUCAUCACAUGUCAUUGGUUGUUCCCACCCGCAAAUCCAAAUACCUGCCAAUCACCUUUCAGUGCUGUGUAUAGGGAUGCUAGGAGUCAUGAGCAUCAGUCAUCCAGCCUCCAUCCCAGAAGUGUUUUCACUGAGCAGGAUUGCAGGUGUCAGCAGCAGUAGGGGUACAUAAACAGCUAUAACCAAGAGAGGAUGAGAGACAUUUGGCAUAGGAGAGAUUUUUGUGUUGAAUUGAGAGUUUUUUUUCUGUAUGAAGGCACUCUCAUUAUUCUAUGUUUCAUCCUCCAAAACCACAAUGCCUUAUAGGCCCCAGAGGACCUACUGGAAGCAUAUUGCACUGCCUCAUUUUACCUCCACUAGGGAAUCACUGUGACAUGAUGAAGAGUACUAUGAAUGUAUCGCUUCUUUCUUAUGAUUUUUCUAUUUCAGGAAUACAUAUGGCAUUUGGAGCCGGGCAAAGUGGAGUCUGGGAAGGGAAAGUGCUCCUACGACCCAAAGCUCAACAGCGUCUCAGCUUUGAUCAGUGAGUAUCAUCUACACUUGGUCACAUGGCUGGAGAAUGGCUGGAGAGUUUGUCCCUAUGGCUCUCUCAGUGAAUCUGAGGGACCUUGAGGCCAUGUCCCCUGUGUACGCCUCCUUUUAUUUCCCACUACUAAAAAUGGCCUCCUCUAUCCUCAAUUUAAUGGCCACUUUUGUUUUUGGCACACUUAAAAAAAUGUUUUAAUGGCUAAGUUCUGUCCAGACAGUGUCCUUUUCCAUUCGGUGCCUAUUUCCCACGAGUUAGAUCACAGUGGAAUGGUCAUCUCAUCUCUGAUGAUAAAAUCAGAAGGCAUUUUGCUUUGUUAGGAUUGAAAGAGCUGUGGGCAGUUUGGGCACAUACCACUGGGUUCACUGUUUUAAUAAGCCAAUCCUUUCCAUGGUGGUUUCAUGACAUCCAAUGGAAAAAUACCAAGAACAUAUUCAUAUGAUUUGUUGUGGUCAUUUAUCUUCAUGAGAAAUCCAAUUAUUCGCAUUCCUGGCCAAUGUACACAGAGCAAUCACAUGACACCUUGCAACAUGUUUGGUUUCUGGUAACUUCAUGUUGUAAUGUUUAUGAUAUUGGUGUUCAGUAGAGUGUUCUCCACCCACCACUCAGUCAUUCAGCCAGGGCCAGACCUCACAGUUGCCACCAAUGUAAGUUGAUCCUGACUCUGUGGGGUGGGAUAGUCAGUGUAAAUUGUCAGUGUUGUCUUCCCAUGUUAGCACACCGCCAGCUGACCAGGGCGGAACCAGGAAACCAGGGGACUGUUGUCUGAGACCAAUUAAACCCCCCCACCCCCCAUCUCCACCAGUUAGCAUCAGCUAUGGGUGACUGAUGGCAGGGAUUAAGAACUGGAGACUACUUUGUGUUAAGAAAAUAUAUAUAUUUAUACCAAUCAUGAGAAACAUCAGAGUAUACAAUGUCACAGUUUGGUACAUUUUUAAAGGUUACAAAUGGUCAAAUGUAAUCAUAGCAUGUGUGAGAAAUAAAAAAGGUUUUGGAUGACCAUAAAAAAACAUAUCCCUCCCUCCUCCCACGAUCCCAGGUCCCCAUACACCUGACCAUCCCAUCCCCAGUUCCCACCUAGAACAGCCUCUGGUAUUAUUUAUUAUUUAUUUAGUGUAAUAUAAUAACAAUAACUUAUUGCUAUUAUUGCUAUUAUUGUUAUGAUCAUCAUUAUAAUAAUAAUAAGUCAUAUCAUUAUCAUUAGUAGGCUUAGUAUAGCAGCCUUGUAUAACCACGAUCGAGCUGUAGGCCUAAGAGUGCAGGGUAGCGGAGGGCAGGGUAGCAGAGGGAGGGUCGGAGGCCACGUUCGUAGAGCUUGGACAUGGUGUCUUUGAGCUCAGCCCUCCUAUUAGUGACCUCGGGGCUGUAGUCCUUGUAGAAGCGUACAGUGUGCCCACGGUAUUUCAGGGGCCCCUUCGCCCGUGCAGCCCACAACACAAGGUCCUUCGUCUGGUAACGUUGGAAGCAAACAAUGACAGCGCAAGGCUUCUGGCCUGGUCCAGGCUUCUGAUUGAGGCUGUGGUGGGACCUGUCUAGCUCCGGGGGAGAGGGGAGAACAUCUUCCCCUAGGACCUCCAGGAAGAACUUGGGGUGUGUGCCCAUUUCUGUUGUUUCGGGUAAAUUCACGAUCCUCGCGUUCUGUCUCCUACUGCGCCCGUCUAGGUCCAUUAACCUCGCCAUUAGCAUUUCGUUGUCUCUCUUCAGCUUUGCGCAUGUCAUUUCUAGUGUUUAGACCUGGCCUGCUUCAAGGUUGACGAUCCACUGGCCUUGAGAAGUCUGGGAUGUUGUACAGUUUUGCAUCCAUUCUGGCAAAUUAAGUCUUGAAUCCCUCAGCUAUUGCAACGUGUUUCUUCUCAAGUUCAGAGAUUUGAUGCCCGCCAUUGUUACCUGCCCAUGCGGUUUCUCUUGCACGGCAGGGUUAGACCUUAGUGAGGUGGCCUCGGGUUUGUCAGGUUUCGGCAGUUUAGGCAUUUUCGUUUACCACAGGUAUUACAAAACUCAGGUUGUCUUUUUUUAGCAAUUACAUGUAAGGUUAGCAGGUAUAAACAUGAACAAGAGUGGGACCGAGUAGUCAGCACAUCUACCUACACGAUGUCGCCGCCUACCGGAAAUCCCAGAACUGGAGACUACUUUGACCCCUAAAAGGUCACACAUGUAGGUCUAACCCAUCUACCCCACCCCUAGAUAUCAUACACUCUUUAUACUGUAGGGCCUGUAUUGACUCUAGUUAGUACAUACUAGUAGUGUAGUUGUUGCGCGCUUUGCCCUGAGCCCCUGUUGUCCUGUUAACCCCACUCUUGAGAACUCCCCGUAGCUGACAAAUGCAUGCUGAGAUACCUGCUGUCAUAUGACCUGUGUAGCUCAGUUGGUAGAACAUGGCGCUUGCAACGCCGGGGUUGUGAGUUCGAUUCCCACGGGGGGCCUGUAUGAGAAUGUAUGCACUCACUAACUGUAAGUCGCUCUGGAUAAGAGCGUCUGCUAAAUUACUAAAAUGUAAAUGUAAAUAUUAGGCGCAACUGGAGGACCAACGCCCAGCCUCCCCACUGAUUAACAAGACUAUGGUCCUCCUUCUCUUUGUACAUCACUUUAAAAGGCCUGGUUAGUGGCUAGUCCCUUUGGCCAAACAGUACAAUCUUCCUUAUGUAUGAGUGUGUAAUAUAAUGUGUGUUGUUCAUCUGUCCUUGUCCACAUUAUGUGCUAAAGAUAACUUUUACACAGACACCCUGAUGAAGAUAGUCUAAAGACAUGUAUCUGGACGUAGGGGAUGGAAAGCCCUGAGGUAUUGGGCACUAUAGUCCUGCCAGGGGUCUUGCCAGGGACUAAAUGUUUAAUUAUGGGGGUGGGGGUUCUGUGUAAUGAGAGCCUCAGUCCUUUAUGCCAAGGGUGUGGCUGGCUUUAUAUCAAAGAGUCAAAAGUAUUUGGCUCAGCCGAUUAAUCUCUCUCCCUCUUCCUCUGUCCUUCCCUCUCUCUUUUCCUUUUCUCCCAGAUGGUGAACUCUAUGCUGGGGUCUACAUUGACUUCAUGGGAACAGACUCUGCCAUCUUCCGUACUGGGAAACAGACCGCCAUGCGUACAGACCAGUAUAACUCCAGAUGGUUAAAUGGUAAAUCAAUAACUGGCUUAUUUGGCAGCCAAGAUAGGUGUUAUACAAGAGCUUGUCUAUGCUAUUAAGACUAUUGUGCUAUUUAUGCAUGGGAUGGCAUGGAUUUGAAAGGACCAUUUGUCAACAUGUGAGCCGAAACUAAUGAAAAGUUUAAUAAUAUUUAUGUUUACAAAAUCCAAUCCUUUAAUAAACACGAAAUGCAGACAUUUUGUAAAUUAUCAGUGAAAUUCAUCUCCUCCUAAGCUUCUUGCUCUCCUUCUCGCUCUCCUUCUCCCAGACCCUUCCUUCAUCCAUGUGCAGCUCAUCCCUGACAGUGCAGAGAGGAAUGACGACAAGCUUUACUUCUUCUUCCGUGAGACGUCUGCUGAGAUGGGCCAGAGUCCCGUGACCCAGGCCCGCAUCGGUCGGAUCUGCCUGGUGAGCACAGCCUCAGAAUCCAGUGUACUAAUAAUGAGACCACGUUCACCUCAGAACUGUCAAAUAACAAUACACGUGACAUGCACAACAUGAUAAAUAAACUCUAAUUUCAUUAAGAAAGGAACCAGUUUCAUUGGGACUUUCUGUGUGUGGAACUACUUGUGUUUGUCUAACACUUCCUGUGUACAAUGCUUGCCUCUGUCCAUGAGAUGGUACUCUGACUUACGACCCCAUGAUCCUCUGACCUCUCCUGACUGGUAGUCUUAAAAAACUCUAAAGGAUGUAGUAUGUUAGGUAUUCCGUUAACAGCUUGGUAAAGUCCAGAGCCUCUAACCAGCCCAGCAGCCCUUCAACAUCAGUAUCCUCUAGUGUCUGUGGUAAUUAACGACACACUGUCUUAAUGAAAGCAUGGCCCUGACCUUCUACCCCAGAGCUACAAAUUGAGAAAUUCAGCAAAAACAAAUAACAGGGUGCAUCUUUCUGGGCUUUGCUUACAAACAUGGAGAGCAUAGUGUUUAUUCAGUUCCUGCUCCAGUUCUUCCGCCGCUCCCCACUGUGUUUAUUUUGAAUGGGUGAGGCAGUGACCCUGCACACAAACACUCAUUCCCCUCUCAGUGUUUUCUACACUGGUCCCCAGGGAUGCUGUCCUGUCAUUCUCACUUCCAUACACAUCUGGAUGCUCUUACUGCCGUUCACUUUAUUGGCUCUACACACUCCUCGUACCCCGAAACAUGAACAACUGUACUGCGUAAUUACUCUAAAAAUGGAGCGUGUGAAAACUACUUUUCAAAUCCCACUUAGGGAUUUAUUAAAAAAUACAUGUGUGUAGAAUGUAGUGUGCAGUAUGUACAAGCCUUCAACCAUUAUGUGGGCACAAAAAUUAUAUAUGUGGUGAAAACAAUUUGUUACAGCAAUAUUUUCAAAUAUAUGACCCGGCAGCGUGUUUUCCCCAUCAAAGUGGAACGUGCUUUAAGAAGAAUGGACGAGGAAACCUCUAAAUCACAUCUACUGGAUUUGACACUCUCUCACUAGGCUGGAAUUUGGCCCUGCUCCAUGACUGAUGGGAGAGGCUCUAAAUAAGAGGAGACAGUGUUUACCAUCUCAUCCCCCCACAACUAACCAUUUCUCAAUGUUUUGCAGGCCCGCUCUCAAAACCGGGCUGCUUUUUAAAAUAUGUACAAUGUACUGUAUGUGGGUGACUCCACCUGUUUGUGUUUGGUGGGAAGACGGAGGAUGUGAGUGUGUGUGUGAUGAAGACUGUGUUUUCUUCCCCCUCUUUCUCCCCCUCUUUCUCCCCCUCUCUCUCUCCCUCCGCCUCUCCCUGCAGAAUGAUGACGGUGGACACUGCUGUCUGGUCAACAAGUGGAGCACUUUCCUGAAGGCACGGCUCAUCUGCUCAGUGCCGGGGGCCGACGGUAUUGAGACGCACUUCGACGAGCUCCGUGAGUUCUCCUUCCUCCUCUUUACUGUGGUUUCACCUGCUAUCCACAUCAAAGUGAGGAGUGAGGAACCAGACAUGUUGAAUGUCUUGAGGUUUCUCAUUGGUAUUAAAACUGGGUCAAAAAGAGACCAGUUGGUGGUGGAACUGACUCCAGACCAGUUAGAGGAACUAGUUGGUGUUGCCUGUCUUUUAUAACCCUGCUUCCACUAUCCACCCAGCUUCAUCUAUGGCCAGUUUUAGCUCUGCAUACCACCACCUGCCCAGAGCCUGACUACACUGCACUGCACUGCACACAGCCCAGUCUCUGCCCCAUAUGGCAGCCUCUUUCAUUACACAACCUUCUCUCAAUCCUCCUGUGGCCCAUACGGCAUGCUGUAAUGGGAAUUGCACACACUCCGGUACUGUAGUUGUUAUUUUCUUUCAAGAUGUCUCAAACAAAAGGCUCCUUUUUCCUAGCUGUGCAGUAAGAGGUGUCUGGGAAGCACUCCCCUCCUGUAAUAGACUGGAUAUGAGGGGCUUGCUGCCUCGUGGCAAACAGAUCAAGUAACCAGGCAGGAAUGUCAAGUCCAUUACCAUGUCUUUCUAUCUCUGUCUCACUGCUUCCAAAUAGAGUUUUGGAAUGAUAAGAGUUCUGAUUAUUCUAUGACCGAGCCUACAGUAGACAAGACCUAACCUCAAGAAUGAAAAGCUUGUGUGACUUUCUAUUUGACCUCUGCUUUUAGUCCCAGUGCGCUCUUGCAUUAUGCCUAAUUGAACUACGGUGUAGGUUAUGGUUGAUUAAUUCUGCUCACGUGUGCAUUAGUCUUGCAAGUUUUUUUCUCUCAGUAUCGUUUCCAUCGUUUUUAUGCGAGUAAAGUCAUACCGUAUUUUUUUUAAAUCACUACAGCUGUGAUGGAAACAGUAAGUUUCGGUACAAUUUUAUAAAUGCCGACAGAUCAUUUGUUCGUUCAACAUGGUGGGAUCUUUUGUGUCGGUAAAAUUUAAUAUGCGAGAAAUGGUGAUGGAAGUAAACUCGGAGUCACACGAUGACAUGGUCUGUAGUCCUCCCACUACGACUCGGGAAACCAUGGGGUGGUGAAAGUGCACGGUGAUCUUGAUCUCCUUUCCAAUAAUGGGGGGUGCCCAGGACCAACUUUGGGAAACCCUGGGAUAGAGCUCACAUGCCUCGACCUGUAGGCACAUUUGCUUUUUAACGCAACAGUUUUUGUGACAAAACUAUUGGUAGAGUUUAAAAUGGGAUGGAAACACAUUGAACUUUAGAUUUUUUAUUCGGUACAGGGAAGCGAAAAAGUAAAUUUUGUGUGCACUACGUCAUCACACAUUGAUUUUUAUCUGCAACAAGUCAGUUUGGUGGAAGCACACCACUGGUUGGAAAAUGCACAUAUUUUCUUUAUGCAGAUUUUAGAAUGUUCGCAUGAAAAUCUGCCGCCAAUUGUAUGGAAACCUAGCUACUGGUGCUAUAUAACCAUUUCACCAAAGUAAAUGAAAGGAUAUCAUAACCGUGAGCAGCGUAGUCUGCAGUUAUAAAUGACUUUGUGUCUUUAUUAGUCGGCUCAUUGUUGACACAGGCAUGUCGUGCACACUGGGUUUAGAGGAGUGUGGAGAGCUGGCACUGGUUCACAUGUACAGUGCACAAUUCAGGAUAUUACUUUAAUAAAGCUGUAAAUGUGUAAAGGCACGGGCAGCUGCAGUCUCCUAAUGAACAGUGCAGACUCAGCUUAGCCACAGGAUGUCCAUACAGUACAUCCAUACAGUACAUCCAUACAGUACAUACCAAACUAGGAAGCAAAGGUCACACAGACCUGAUGCCAGUGGCCACUACCCACCCCUGCCAGGUACUGUACCCCUAGGAAGGGCAUGUGUUAACUGGGUAUAGGUGCGCUCCACGCCAAGGCUCCAGUUUACUGCUGGGUUAUAAUGCCUGGUCUAAAUACAGAUGUGGGAUCUUCAUUUGAGCCAGUUUGCUACAGCAGGAAAAUAAUCCUGCAGCAACAGGAAAUGUGAAUUAUUGUGUGGAUUAUAAUUAAUGGACACACACUUUAUAUACAAAACUAUGUGGACACCCCUUCAAAGUUGUGGAUUCGGCUAUUUCAGCCACACCCGUUGCUGACAGGUGUAUAAAAUCGAGCACACAGCCAUGCAAUCUCUAUAGACAAACAUUGGCAGUAGAAUGGCCUUACUGAAGAUCUCAGUGACUUUCAACGUGGCAGCGUCGUAGGAUGACAUCUUUCCAACAUGUCAGUUCGUCAGAUUCCUGCUUUGCUGGAGCAGCCCCGGUCAACUGUAAGUGCUGUUAUUGUGAAGUUGAAAGGUCUAGGAGCAACAAUGGCUCAGCCAUUAAGUGGUAGGCCACACAAGCUCACAGAUCGGGACCGAUGAGUGCUGAAGCGAGUAGCGCGUCAAACUUCUCUGUCUUCGGUUGCAACACUCACUACCGACUUCCAAACUGCCUCUGGAAGCAACAUCAGCACAAUAACUGUUCGUCGAGAGCUUCAUGAAAUGGGUUUCCAUGGCCGAGCAGCCGCACACAAGCCUAAGAUCAUCAUGCGCAAUGCCAAGCGUCAGCUGGAGUGGUGUAAAUCUCGCUGCCAUUUGACUCUGGAGCAGUGGAGACGCGUUCUCUGGAGUGGUGAAUCACGCUUCACCAUCUUGCAGUCUGACGGACAAAUCUGGGUUUGGUGGAUGCCAGGAGAACGCUACCUGCCCGAAUGCAUAGUGCCAAAAGUUACGUUUGGUGGAGGGGGAAUAAUGGUCUGGGGCUGUUUUUCAUGGUUCGAGCUAGGCCCCUUAGUUCCAGUGAAGGGAAAUCUUAACACUACAGCAUACAAUGACAUUCUAGAUGAUUCUUUGCUUCCAACUUAGUAGCAACAGUUUGGGGAAGGACCUUUUCUGUUUCAGCAUGUCAAUGCCCCCGUGCACAAAGCGAGGUCCAUAGAGAAAUGGUUUGUCGAGAUCGGUGUGGAAGAACUAGACUGGCCUGCACAGAGCCCUGACCUCAACCCCAUUGGAACACCGAGCCAGGCCUAAUCACCCAACAUCAGUGCCCGACCUCACUAAUUCUCUUGUGGCUGAAUGGAAGCAAGUCCCCGCAGCAUUGUUCCAACAUCUAGUGGAAAGCCUUCCCAGAAGAGUGGAGGCUGUUAUAAAACCCAUGAUUUUGGAAUGAGAUGUUCGACGAGCAGGUGUCCACAUACUUUUGGUCAUGUAGUGUAUUUUGAAGGGGGUGUUAGGGCUGACAUUUUAAAGUGAAAUUACAAACUUUACAAGCCUUUUUAAACCUUGAAUGCACUACAAGUUUGCCGUUCCUGCUGUGCCAGAAAAAUUCUCAGCAACAAAGGAGGUAUCCAAUUAAGAUCCUACAUCUGUAGGUCCACGCUCAGGUUGUGGGGUUGACAGGAGAGAAUAAGGAUGGCAGAGUUACAGGGGCAACAAGUUCUAUGUGCCUUCUACACUGAACAAAAAUAUAAACGCAACAUGUAAAGUGUUGGUCCCAUGUUUCAUGAGCUGAAAUAAAAGAUCCCAGAAAUGUUUUGCACAAAUUUGUUUACAUAAUAAUCCAUCGACCUGACAGGUGUGGCAUAUAAAUAAGUUGAUUAAACAGCAUAAUCAUUACACAGGUGCACUUUGUGCUGGGGACAAUAAAAGGCCACUCUAAAAUGUGCAGUUUUGUCACACAACACAAUGCUACAGAUGUCUCAAGUUUUGAGGGAGUGUACAAUUGGCAUGCUGACUGCAAGAAUAUCCACCAGAGCUGUUGCCAGAGAGUUGAAUGUUCAUUUCUCUACCAUAAGCCUCCUCAAACGUUGUUUUAGAGAAUUUGUCAGUACGUCCAACAGGCCUCACAACCACAGACCACGUGUAUGGCAUCGUGUGGGCGAGCGGUUUGCUGAUGUCAAUGUUUUGAACAGAGUGCCCCAUGGUGGCGGUGGGGUUAUGGUAUGUGCCUGGAUAAAGAGAACAGAUUAACUUACAUUUUCACUCUCUCUAUUAGUGUAGUAGUAAAGUAAAGAGGUAAUUAUUGAGAACAUUGAUGAGCCUUCCAGCCCAGCUGUAGUCCUUGUGUGGCAGCAGUUUUAUGUGUGACUGCUGUUAGAUUGGGACACCAGAGACCAAGAGAGUUUUACAGUUGGAAAGAGUUAAAGAUUUGGCUCUACCUGAGAACUUGCACCCAAAUGACCCACAGUAAAUUGAAACACCAUGUAGAGGCCCUUAUCCAGACACAUGUGCUUGCAUUCUAUGUCAAAAUUAAGAAUGCAAAGCAAUUAUAGAAAUGGAUACUGUAAAGGUUUAGAUUGUAUGGUUUUAUAUAAUUAAAGAGGUGCAUGAGCUUGAGCAUCAACAACAUUUACACGUUUGAAGUUACUCUAAUCAAUCUCACUGCUUCAACAUUCAGCAGGCUCCUGUGCAUGGAUUUCACAGAGAAGACUUUGUGAGAGAUGAAGAAGAGUGGUAGAGGGAAAGAAAGACUGAAAGAGAAAGAGAAGGGGGGAGAGGGAGAGGGCAAUAUCAGGCUAAGCUCUAGCAGAAAUACAUUCUUUUUUUUUAGGAAACAAAAAAUGUAGAGACAUGAUUUUUAUUGCCUUACAAAAGUAGGAAGGGGAAAGGGCAGUUUUGGAGUCUGGAUUCAUUCAUAGCUUUUACUAACAUGCAAGUGAGAAGCCUUCCUGUUGCCAACUCUUGUCUGCCUUGUCAGAAUAUUUAUAUUUCAAAUCAAGUAGAUUUUCUCAUUAUAAUAAUUGUAGAUAUUUGGGACAACCGACUCGGACAACCGACUGUAUUGAGCUAAUGAUAGCUCUGGUUUUCUGUCUGUUUGUGAUUGCAGUGUUGUCUACAGUAUCUGAUUCAUCACUUCCUGUGGUGGAACAGCUGUGUUUCUUUGUGGGGCUCAUCUGUUAUAUGACAACCCUUACAGCAUUUCUCUCUGUAUUCUAUUAAGUAUGUCGAAUUGCUAAUCCUAGUGAAUAACAAUGUGCCCAGUCUACGGAAAAGGAAGAAUUGUAGACUCUAGGACAUGCAGAAUUUAUCAUACGUCUGAACGGUGUCCAUUGCAUGAUAAUACUUUCAAUUCCAGUUCUCACAGGCUCUUCACAGGCUCUUCACAGGCUCUUCACAGGCUCUUGUCUUUAUCCUCUGGCCAAUGGCCAUUCCCCUACUACACACAAGCGGUCUGACCACUUACUAUUGAGUUCUGUUCUGUGAGAUGGAUGGGACUCCUGAGAUGAGAAUGUGGGCCAGUCAGAAAGCAGGCCAGCGGGGAGAGACUAUCACUAUUAGAUCUAAAGUAGGUCUCCUUCUGCAGCCAUCUGGGCUCCAACAAGAAACAAACGGGCCAAAUAUUGUGUAGUUUCUCUCUGGGACCCUCAGAGGCAUGUGAGGUAUUAUUCCAUCUUCCUCUAGAACAUGUGUCAAACUCAUUCCACGGAGGGCCGAGUGUCUGCAGGUUUUCACUCCUCCAUUGUGCUUGAUUUGAUUCAUUAAGGUCACUAAUUAGUAAAGAACUCCCCUCACCUGGUUGUCUAGGACUUAAUUGAAAGGAAAACCCUAAAACGAGCAGACACUAGGUCCUCCAUGGAUUGAGUUUGACACCACUGCUCUAGGGCGUAGAACCAAGCCCAACUGCCACCCCUCCCAACCCAACCCAGCCUUGGACACAGGAAGGGGAAAGUGUCUGUUCAUCACAUAUUAAAUCACUCCAAUUCUGGAGAAAACUCUCAGGUGACACAGCAAUCAAGUUGUCUCACUCAAGCCUAGACACCUCAGGUGACUGUGUGGGUUUCAUUGCUAUUUCCAUAGCUGUAUAUGUUUACAUGGCACCCCAGUUUGGUAGUUUUUAUUAAUUGUUCUGUAUACAUAGAUGCUCAAUAAUGCGUUUCCUUACCCUCUGGGUUCAGUUGGGAAUAUCCGCUCAUGGAUAGAAUGGUGACUGUUCAAAGGGUGUGGUCUCUGAAGCGCUUUGUCUUUGUUUUGUCAUAUUGUACAGACAAUACUGUAGCUUUCACCUUGGCCUAGGGAGGAAUCCUGUGGAGAUGUCUCUUUUAGUUCCCUGUUGCUCUGUAAAGAUGUGCCGUGGGCUUACACUUCCUGUUUCCGUCAGCAGUAUGAUGGAUGUCAGUAGUACAGCCCUGGAGGAAGAGGCUAGCCACAUCUUCUCCUUCUUUCAUCUUGGGUUUGACCCUGUCUUCACUGCUAGGCGAGCUUAUCUCCAAUUCCAUCAAGCCACUGCAUGACUGUGGUCCAGUCACACAACCUCUUUAAGCAACACAAAGCUUGAGAUUAGAUUUAAUCGUUACAUGUACAGUGUUGCAGGUGUAAUCACAGGGUACAGUGAACAUUUUAAGCUCUGCGCGCCAACAAUGCAGGUCAAAGUGAAAUAGAAACUAUUAAUGUGAUAAUAAAGAUAAAUAAAAUGCAUGACUCUGACCUGCCGUCCAAAAGAGGAGAGGAGAGACAUUGUGUGCAUUUGCUCAUACUGUUUGACAUCCCGAAGAGCUGGUCUGUUCUCUUUGUACUGACGUGAUUCUUGCUGUGUAUCUCUUUUAGGAGACAUUUACAUACAGCCGACCCAGGAUACCAAGAAUCCUGUUAUCUACGGAGUAUUUUCUGUCUCGGGGUGAGUGGUCAAACUUGUGCUCAGACACUUUUAUUAGAAACAUUUAAGAAUAAUUAUUUAAAUAGACUUUCAUUGUCAUAUUAUGUCCCUAUUAGUUUGUUCAGUUCUUAACCCGAUGAGCUGUCUAUCUCUCUCCUCUCCACACAGCUCAGUGUUCAAGGGCUCAGCAGUGUGUGUCUACUCCAUGGCUGACAUCCGUCAGGUCUUCAAUGGGCCCUUCGCCCACAAAGAGGGGCCCAACUACCAGUGGGUCGCUUACACUGGGAAGAUCCCCUACCCUCGACCUGGGACGGUGAGCCUCACCCUCCCAUGACCAUGAGUGUUAAUACCAAACCAAGCUGGCAUAACAGACACUUAGACUUUAAAUAGAAACAAUCUGUCGGUCAAGCAGGACACAAACAUCAGCAUCCAUACCCGCCCACAGUGUUCUCCUGCUAUAAGAGUCCUCAUAUCUCCCAUUUUGAUGCCGUGGAUAAGUGGUUGUUGUUGUUGUUUGUUUAUAUGGUGAGAGGCAAAGGUUUAAUGCUCACUUCAUUUUCAACCACAGUGCCCCGGUGGAACGUUCACCCCCAACAUGAAGUCCACCAAAGACUACCCAGACGAAGUCAUCAACUUCAUGAGGAACCACCCCAACAUGUACAAUGCUGUGUACCCGAUACACAAGCGCCCCCUGGUGGUCCGGACCAAUGUGGAAUACGAGUUCACCACCAUCACUGUGGACCAGGUGGUCGCCGCAGACGGGAACUAUGAAGUGCUGUUCCUGGGAACUGGUGAGUCCUCACUAGUCUAUUUUCAUGUGAAAUAUAGUAGGUCUACAUAAAGUCACAUUAGCAUUACUUUCUAUAACUCUUUCUACAAUGUCCAAGGAUGCUCAACAGAUGUCCUUCUGAAAGGAAUACAAAGGAGAAAACUUCCGCCAGAUGGAUCUGGUGUCUUUCUCACUAUCAGUUAUCACCAGCAGAAAAGCUUCUGGCCCCUUUUUGUCAAGAUGGAUGUUUAACCAAUAAGCAGGGUUGUUCUUUGCAUCAUUCACUUGAAGUAAAAGCUUUUGAGUGGUCUAACUGCGGGGUAGGGGGAAUGGGUGAGUGGAGGGGGAUACAGUAAGGACAUCCAUCUCACUAAUCUCACCACCGGCACAGUGCAGCAGUAACCAUUUCUCUGUUUUUCUCCCAUACGUGCAGCACAUUAUCCCUUUUGUGUGCAUCUUUGUUCUGCUCUGCGUCUCUUGGAGACUAAUGGGGUUUUAUACGAGCGCACCAUGCUCCACUGUGCCCGGAGUCAGUGGAAUGUCUCUCCUUUGAGCCGCUGUCAGGAGCACGCUGCGUUGGGACACAUAAUAAAUCUCAGGUAUCCUGUACUCAGGAAUGCCUUGGAGCAGAAAUCAAACAUUCUGUUAGGGCGCGGCUGGGCUGUCUGGAGGAGAUACCUACCUCCAGGCUCCUGGAGAAUGGGUCGCAGGGAUGAAGAGGAGAACGUUAUGACAGCUGACAUGCAGUACUAAGCAAGUGAAAGAGAUGAUGUUCGUAUAGGGGAGGACAAAGGUGAACACUGAGCGAGAUCUGUCUGAAAGAGGUGAAGAGUACUGAAGUGUAAAGCCUGAUGGAAUGAGGAGUGAGGAUUCACCUUUACAUAAGCAGACUGAGAGGGGGCUAUAGUGAGGGCUGUUUGAUUGACAGGCAGCAAGGCAGGGUAGUGUCAGGUUGCAGCAGGUGUGUGUAGAAGUAUUAACUCUCAGGUGUUUCCCUGGGCCACAGACAGGGGGACGGUUCAGAAGGUGAUUGUUCUGCCCAAAGACGACCUGCAGACUGAAGAACUGGUCCUGGAGGAGGUUGAGGUGUUCAAGGUGAGCACUCACUGUCUUCCUUCUAUUUCUGUUUGUCUAUCCUCUCUCAUUUUCUCUCUCUUUCUCUCUCUCUAUCCAUGUCUAUUUUCAAUAAAUAUACUUUAGAAGACUCAUCAAUGCAUUGUCUCCACAUUCCAGGUUCCAACUCCAAUUACAACAAUGAAGAUCUCGUCCAAAAGGGUAAGCAUGUCUGUAUAAGCUUACCUAAUAGACCUAUAUUUAUAUUUCAUAGGAUAAAGAGGAGGGAGUGAAUUAAAUUAAGGGAAAUUAUUUAAGAAUGCCAUGAGCUACAUGUAUACAGCUGUGGAACUAAUAUUUCCCUUCAGAAUUCAUAGAAUGCCUGCAGUCUGGUCGAAACAAUAAAAAGAGAAGUAUGGAAAACGCAUUAAGUUAGUGUUGUCUUUCACUGUGGUUAAAAUAGUUGGCCUUGGAUACAGGACAUGACAUCAUUCUUAGAAAGGGUUACAAUUUUACACAUUUGUUUUAAUAGUUAUAUUAUCACAAUACAUUGUUAUGGCUUUGACCGACUCCUAGCCACUGUAACCCUCUGCACUGAAAAAAGUUAGAGACUUGAUAUGUGAUAUAUGAUGGAUAUUCCCCUACUUUAUCCAGCUGUGAUCUAACAUCCUCCUUUGCGUUCUACUCUCACAGCAACAGCUCUACGUGUCUUCUGAGCUUGGUGUGACCCACCUGGCCCUACACCGCUGUGACGUGUACGGGGAGGCGUGUGCUGACUGCUGCCUGGCCCGGGACCCCUACUGUGCCUGGGACGGAAAGUCCUGCUCCCGCUACUCCGCCUCGCAGAAGAGGUGAGCAUCAGCAUGAGCUGCUCAAAAUAGCUCUAUAGAUUGUAAAUGGCUUUAUACUGUAGAUCGUUGAAUGGCUCUACAGAUUGUUGAAUGGCUCUAUAGAUUGUUGAAUGGCUCUAUAGAUUGUUGAAUGGCUCAAUAGAUUGUAAUGGCGCCGGAGGGGAUGGCUGUCGUUUUAUGGACUCUUAACCAUCCGUGCUAUUUUGUUUGUUUUUUCGCAUUGUUUGUAACUUAUUUUGUACAUAAUGUUGCUGCUACCGUCUCUUAUGACCGAAAAGAGCUUCUGGACAUCAGAACAGCGAUUACUCACCUUGAACUGGACUAAUAAUUUUUCUUUAAUGAGUCGGACGAGAGGGAUUUGCUCCAGACACCCGACAGGGCCCUCCUCUCCGUCAUUCGCAGUAGAAAGAGACAGAGAUAUCGCGGAAGGAGAUCUGGGUGCCUGGUAAGGAAGACGGCGACGGAUGGCUAAUCUGCCUUUGCCAUCAAUACUAUUGGCCAACAUACAAUCGCUUGAUAAUAAAGUGGACGAACUACAAGCACGUAUAUCCUACCAACGGGACAUUCAAACUCUUAUGUUUCACAGAGUUGUGGCUGAAUGACGACAUGAAUAACAUACUGCUGGCGGGUUAUACACUGUAUCGGCAGGAUAGAACAGCAGCCUCUGGUAAGACAAGGGGUGGCGGUCUAUGUAUAUUUGUAAACAACAGCUGGUGCACAAUAUCUAAGGAAGUCUCAAGGUUUUGCUCGCCUGAGGUAGAGUAUCCCCUGUAGCUCAGUUGGUAGAGCAUGGCACUUGCAACGCCAGGGUUGUGGGUUCGUUUCCCACGGGGGGCCAGUAUGAAAAUGUAUGUCGCUCUGGAUAAGAGCGUCUGCUAAAUGACAAAAAAUGUAAAAAUGUAAAUGAUAAGCUGUAGACCACACAAUCUACCAAGAGAGUUUUCAUCUAUAUUCUUCGUAGCUGUCUAUUUACCACCACAAACCGAUGCUGGCACUAAGACCGCACUCAAUGAACUGUAUACGGCCAUAAGCAAACAGGAAAACGCUCAUCCAGAGGUGGCGCUCCUAGUGGCCGGGGACUUUAAUGCAGGGAAACUUAAAUCCGUUCUACCUCAUUUCUACCAGCAUGUUAAAUGUGCAACCAGAGGGGGAAAAAACUCUAGACCACCUUUACUCCACACACAGAGACGCGUACAAAGCUCUCCCUCAUCCUCCAUUUGGCAAAUCUGACCAUAAUUCUAUCCUCCUGAUUCCUGCUUACAAGCAAAAACUAAAGCAGAAAGCACCAGUGACUCGGUCAAUAACAGAGUGGUCAGAUGAAGCAGAUGCAAAGCUACAGGACUGUUUUGCUAGCUAAGACUGGAAUAUGUUCCGGGAUUCUUCCGAUGGCAUUGAGGAGUACACCACAUCAGUCACUGACUACAUCAAUAAGUGCAUCGAUGACGUCGUCCCCACAGUGACUGUACGUACAUACCUUAACCAGAUGCCAUGGAUUACAGGCAACGUCCGCACUGAGCUAAAUGGUAGAGCUGCCACUUUCAAGGAGCAGGACUCUAACCCGGAAGCUUAUAAGAAAACCCGCUAAGCCAUCCGACGAACCAUCAAACAGGCAAAGCAUCAAUACAAGACUAAGAUCGAAUCGUACUACACUGGCUCCGAUGCUCGUCGGAUGUGGCAGGGCUUGCAAACUAUUACAGACUACAAAGGGAAGCACAGCCGCGAGCUGCCCAGUGAACGAGCCUACCAGAUGAGCUAAAUUACUUCUAUGCUCGCUUCGAGGCAAGCAACGCUGAAACAUGCAUGAGAGCAUCAGCUGUUCAGGACGACUGUGUGAUCACACUCUCCGUAGCCGAUGUGAGUAAGACCUUUUAACAGGUCAACAUUCACAAUGUCGCAGGGCCAGACGGAUUACCAGGACGUGUACUCCGAGCAUGCGCUGACCAACUGGCAAGUGUCUUCACUGACAUUUUCAACCUUUCCUGUCGGAGUCUGAAAUACCAACAUGUUUCAAGCGGACCACCAUAGUCCCUGUGCCCAAGAACGCUAAGGUAACCUGCCUAAAUGACUACCGACCAGUAGCACUCACGUCUGUAGCCAUGAAGGGCUUUGAAAGGCUGGUCAUGGCUCACAUCAACACCAUUAUCCCACAAACCCUAGACCCACUCCAAUUUGCAUACCGCCCCAACAGAUCCACAGAUGAUGCAAUCUCUAUUGAGCUCCACACUGCCCUUUCACACCUGGACAAAAGGAACACCUAUGUGAGAAUGCUAUUAAUUGACUACAGCUCAGCGUUCAACACCAUAGUGCCCUCAAAGUUCAUCACUAAGCUAAGGACCCUGGGACUAAACACCACCCUCUGCAACUGGAUCCUGGACUUCCUGACGGGCCGCUCCCAGGUGGUAAGGGUAGGUAACAACAGAUCCGCCACGCUGAUCCUCAACACAGGGUCCCCUCAGGGGUGCGUGCUCAGUCCCCUCCUGUACUCCUUGAUCACUCAUGACUGCAUGGCCAGGCAUGACUCCAACACCAUCAUUAAGUUUGCCGAUGACACAACAUUGGUAGGUCUGACCACCGACAGCGACGAGACAGCCUAUAGGGAGGAGGUCAGAGACCUGGCCAUGUGGUGCCAGGACAACAACCUUUCCCUCAGCGUGAUCAAGACAAAGGAGAUGAUUGUGGACUACAGGAAAAAGAAGAGGACCGAGCAUGCCCCAUUAUCAACGACGGGGCUGUAGUGGAGCAGGUUGAGAGCUUCAAGUUCCUUGGUGUCCACAUCACCAACAAACUAACAUGGUCCAAGCACACCAAGACAGUCGUGAAGAGGGCACGACAAAACCUAUUUUGGCAUGGGUCCUCAGAUCCUCAAAAGGUUCUACAGCUACACCAUCGAGAGCAUCCUGACUGGUUGCAUCACCGCCUGGUAUGGAAACUGCUCGGCCUCCGACUGCAAGGCACUACUGAGGGUAGUGCGUACAGCCCAGUACAUCACUGGGGCCAAGCUUCCUGCCAUCCAGGACCUCUAUACCAGGCGGUGUCAGAGGAAGGCCCUAAAAAUUGUCAAAGACUCCAGCCACCCUAGUCAUAGACUGUUCUCUCUGCUACCGCAUGGCAAGCGGUACCGGAGCGACAAGUCUAGGUCCAAGAUGCUUCUAAACAGCUUCUACCCCCAAGCCAUAAAACUCCUGAACAUCUAAUCCAGACUUCUCAACAUCUAAUCCAGUACCCAGACUAUUUGCAUUGCCCCCCCCCCUUUACACUGCUGCUACUCUCUGUUUAUUAUCAAUGCAUAGUCACUUUAAUAACUCUACCUACAUGUACAUAUUACCUCAAUUACCUCGACUAACCGGUGCCCCCUGCACAUUGACUCGGUAUCGGUACCCCCUGUAUAUAGCCUCGCUAUUGUUAUUUUACUGCUGUGCUUUAAUUUUUUGUUACUUUAUUUCUUAUAAUAAUAAUAAUUAUUAUUAUUAUUUAAUUUUUUUGGUAUUCUUUUUAAAACUGCAUUGUUGGUUAAGGUCUUGUAAGUAAUCAUUUCACUGUAUUCGGCGAAUGUGACAAAUAAAAUUUGAUUUGAUUAGAUUUGAUUGUUGAAUGGCUCUAGAGAUUGUUGAAUGGCUCUAUAGAAUGUUGAAUGGCUCUAUAGAAUGUUGAAUGGUUAUAUGGAUUGUUGAAUUGUUUCUAUAGAUUGGAUGGUUGAUGUAUAUGGAUUGUUAGCUGGCUCUAUAGAUUGUUGAAUGGCUUCCUGUAUAUGGAUUGUUGGAUGGUUGAAUGGCUCUAUGCUAUAGGUUGUUGAAUGGCUACUGUAUACAAUGUUUUAUGGCAGAUUGUUGACUGACUCUAUGGAAUGUUGAAUGGCUUUGCAUUUGCUUGGUAAUAUAUUCUCUUCUCUUAUUCGGGAAUACUGGUCUGACCCCUUUAGACGCAGCCGGAGGCAGGACGUCAAGUACGGGAACCCCAUCCGGCAGUGCAGGGGCUUCAAUUCCAAUGGUAAGACCAGUGUGUGCCAGUUGGUGGAUGGGGUAGAGAUUUUCAGUGGCUGUGAAUACAUCUCAUUCAUUCAUUGACUUUAUUUAUGCCAUCACACCCCAACAUUUUCAUCAAAUAGAUAUGAAAUAUAACAUUGCUCUUUUGGAUUUUUGGUCUUUGUGGGACAUGAUACUGAAUCUAUGGUUGCCAUGGUGUCUUUCUCAGCUAAUAAGAACACCCUGGAGAUGGUGCAGUAUGGGGUGGAGGGCAGCAGCACCUUCCUGGAGUGCCAGGCCCGUUCUCCCCACGCCGCCAUCAAGUGGCACCUACAGAGGGACAACAGUGACCGCCGGAAAGAGGUGAACGGCCAUCUAUUACACACACAAUAUCACUCAAACUAGUAUACUUCCCAAAACACUGUUGAGAUCUAUACUCUGCCCACUGAGCCCAGACAUAUUAUAUACAGUACCCGUCAAAAGUCUGGACACACCUAUUCAUUCAAGGGUUUUUCUUUAUUAUUACUAUUUUCUACAUGGUAGAAUAAUAGUGAAGACAUCAAAACUAUGAAAUAACACAUAUGGAAUCAUGUAGUAACCAAAAAAGUGUUAAACAAAUCAAAAUAUAUUUAAAUUUGAGAAUCUUCAAAUAGCUACCCUUUGCCUUGAUGACAGCUUUGCACACUCUUGGCAUUCUCUCAACCAGCUUCACCUGGAAUGCUUUUCCAAAAGUCUUGAAGGAGUUCCCACAUAUGCUUAGCACUUGUUGGCUGCUUUCCUUCACUCUGCCGUCCAACUCAUCCCAAACCAUCUUAAUUUGGUUGAGGUCGGGGGAUUGUGGAGUCCAGGUCAUCUAAUGCAGCACUCCAUCACUCUCCUUCUUGGUCAAAUAGCCCUUACAUAGCCUGGAGGUGUGUUGGGUCAUUGUCCUGUUGAAAAACAAAUGAUAGUCCCACUAAGCCCAAACCAGAUGGGAUGGCGUAUCGCUGCAGAAUGCUGUGGUAGCCAUGCUGGCUAAGUGUGCCUUGAAUUCAAAAUAAAUCACAGACAGUGUCACCAGCAAAGCACCCCCACACCAUAACACCUCCUCCUCCAUUCUUUACGGUGGGAAAUACACAUGCAGAGAUCAUCCGUUCACCCACACCGCAUCUCACAAAGACACAGCGGUUGGAACCAAAAAUCUUAAAUUUUGACUCCAGACCAAAGGACACAUUUCCACCAGUCUAAUGUCCAUUGCUUGUGUUUCUUGGCCCAAGCAGGUCUCUUCCUCUUAUUGGUGACCUUUAGUAGUGGUUUCUUUGCAGCAAUUCAACCAUGAAGGCCUGAUUCACACAGUCCCCUCUGAACAGUUCAUGUAGAGAUGUGUCUGUGACUUGAACUCUGUGAAGCAUUUAUUUGAGCUGCAAUUUCUGAGGCUCAUAACUCUAAUCAACGUAUCCUCUGCAGCAGAGGUAACUCUGGGUCUUCCAUUCCUAUGGUGGUCUCCAUGAGAACCAGUUUUAUCAUAGCGUUUGAUGUUUUUUGCGACUCCCCCCACCUUGUCACAACACAACUGAUUGGCUCAAACGCAUUAAGAAUGAAAUAAAUUCCACAAAUUAACUUUUAAGAAGGCACACCUGUUAAUUGAAAUGCAUUUCAGGUGACUACCUCAUGAAGCUGGUUGAGAGAAUGCCAAGAGUGUGCAAAGCUAUCAUCAAGGCAAAGGGUGGCUAUUUGAAGAAUCUCAAAUAUAACAUAUAUUUUGAUUUGUUUAACGCUUUUUUGUUUACUACAUGAUUCCAUAUGUGUUAUUUCAUAGUUUUUAUGUCUCCACUAUUAUUCUACAAUGUAAAAAUUAAGAAAAACCCCUGAAUGAGUAGGUGUGUCCAAACUUAUGACUGGUAGUGUUUAUGGGUCUUUGGUAUACCAUGACCUAAGGUAACUCAAACCAUACAUCACCUUCCUGACAGGGGAUGGGAUCUUUUUCAGAUAAAGUGGAAUUAGUUUAGGAGUAAAUCUCCCUAGAAAGACAUGAUGUUCCCCUCUGUCGACAGCACUUCUCAUUCUGUUACAUAAUGAUGGUGAAGAUUCUUCCUCAGGCUGCUGUAUGUUUCAUCUGAAAGCUGAAGUUGUCAGUCUAUUGAUGUGUUACUGUAAUAAAGAGAUAACAUUCAUACAUAUAUGAUAACCAGGUGGUUGGUUUUCAACCUGAAGGGAUAAAGCCCAAACUGUCCCAGUACCCAAAAGGAGGGCCCAUCCAACAUAAGACCUGCUCAUAGUUUCUCCCCCUGAGGCUGUUGUUAAAGUUUUAUUGUGACGCUAUAGUGUAACUUCUGUUUUAUUGGCUUUUCAGUUGGAUGCUGCCUUUCCCCAUUGGCAUGGCUCAAUUGGCGGGGCUGUUGCUCAGCACAUCUGAUUCUGGGUAUAAAAGCUGUCAGCAGCUAAUCAAACUCUUGGAUAUGAUUCAGGAAUACAUCGAGAGACAAUGGAAAACAUCACUAGAGCACUUUUAUUAGUGGAAUUGACUGUCUUAUUUAACUGCAGAUCAGUGUGGAUGGUGUUAGUGCAAGAAUGUACAGGUAGUCAUAACACUGAUAUAUUGAUAUAGUUGGUGGUUGGUGAUGCUGUGCUGCCAAUAAGAACAGGAGAUUAGCUGUCAGCUUGGCCUCUCCGCUGAUGUUACUACCCUGGCUUUACAUCAUGCCUUAUUUCAUCAUUGUAGCUUCAAGUCAUAAAUCUCUCUCUCUCUCUCUCUCUCUCUCUCUCUCUCUCUCUCUCUCUCUCUCUCUCUCUCUCUCUCUCUCUCUCUCUCUCUCUCUCUCAGAUGCGCUCUGAUGGGCGAGUACUGAAGACAGAGCAGGGUCUGCUGCUGCGUUCCCUCCAGCCCUCAGACUCCGGGGUGUACCAGUGCACAGCCACAGAGAAGAACUUCAAACACACGCUGGUCAAGCUGCAGCUGGUGGUCCUGUCCAGCCGAGCCGUUAACAACGUCCUGGUGGAGGGUGGGGAACUGGGACCAUCUGCUCUCCAGUCCAGCGCCUGGACUCCCAGCGCGGGUCAGUACAAGGACCUUCUGACCAUCCUGAGCCAGCCGGAGAUGGGCCUGAUCAACCAGUACUGUCAGGACUACUGGCAGCUGGGUGACCCCAUGAUGGGAGCCAUCAAUGCCAAAGACAUGAAAGAGCUCAAGGAGCAGAAGAAACCACGCAACCGCCGACAUCACGGCGAGGGAGAGGAGGAGGAGGAGGAGGAGGAGGUGGAGACAUGA